AUGGGUGUCCUCGAUAUAGUUCCUGCCGGAGUUCUCACUGGCGAUAACGUCCGCAAACUCUUCGACUACGCGAAAGAAAACAAGUUUGCCAUCCCCGCCAUAAAUGUAACCUCUUCAUCCACGGCCAACGCAGUCCUCGAGGCAGCUCGCGACAUCAAGGCUCCUAUUAUCAUCCAAUGCUCACAAGGAGGCAGCGCAUACUUUGCGGGUAAGGGUCUGGCAAACGACAAACAACAGGCUUCCAUCGCUGGUGCCAUUGCCGCUGCCCACCAUGUCCGUACCGUCGCCAAAGCCUAUGGGGUUCCGGUCAUCCUACACAGUGAUCAUUGCGCAAAGAAACUGCUGCCUUGGUUUGACGGCAUGCUUGAAGCGGACGAGGCUUACUUCAAAGAACACCAAGAGCCGCUUUUCUCGUCACACAUGCUCGACCUUUCUGAAGACCCCAAGGAAGAGAACAUCGAGAUCUGUGCCAAGUACUUCAAGCGUAUGGCUCCGAUAGGCCUUUGGCUCGAGAUGGAGAUUGGCAUUACUGGCGGCGAGGAGGAUGGUGUCGACAAUACCGGGGUCGACAAUUCAAGCCUCUACACGCAGGCAGAGGAUGUCUGGGAGGUCCACGAGGCUCUCAGCAAGAUCGGCCCUAACUUCAGUAUCGCCGCUGCGUUCGGAAACGUGCAUGGCGUCUACAAGCCCGGUAAUGUCCGUCUCCACCCUGAACUGCUGGGAAAGCAUCAGGCGUAUGGAAGCGAGAAGCUCGGUGGGAAGGUUGCCCAACCUCUCUACCUCGUUUUCCAUGGUGGAUCCGGUUCAACCAAGGAGGAAAUUAAGACCGCCGUCGGAAAUGGCGUUGUUAAGAUGAACGUCGACACAGACACGCAAUUUGCCUAUCUUGUUGGCAUCAGGGACUUUGUUACCAAGAAGAAGGACUACCUCCAGACCCAAGUUGGCAAUCCUGAAGGCGCAGACAAGCCCAAUAAGAAGUACUACGACCCGCGUGUCUGGGUGCGAGAAGGAGAAAAGACUCUUGUGGAGCGCGUCAAGGAAGCCUGUGCAGAUUUGGGCAAUGUUGAUCGUCUGUGA